CGCUCAUGAAGGGAGUAAUGAUAAUGGCAGCAUUUGUGAUGGCAGUGACUCCACACUCUACAGGCAAAGUGAAGGUCACAGCAUGGCAGACACACUCACCGUUGCUCUACGUGUGGCAGAGGAGGCGAUAGAGGAAGCCAUUGCUAAAGCGGAGAACUACAAAGACAGUCUGGAGAAACAGAACGAGGCUCGUUAUUUGCAUGAGCACAAGGAAGAGCUCAUAGAGGAACUUGCCACAACAAUUGUUCAAAAAAUUAUUCAGAGGGGAAAGCGGCCUGAGAUACAGGCAGAGUAUGAGUUUGUAUGGCCUCAGAAUCAGAAAAGUGAGCUACCAUCUCCUACCUCAACACAAAACACACUUGCGACGCAGAAUUCACACUCCACCUCACCGCCAGGCGCAGUAGCCCAGGCUGACAUCACCAGCUCCUAUUCACUGUGGGUAAGAAGCAUGCAAGUGUCUGUAAAAUGGUGUUUCCAUUUGUUUUACAGUGCUUAUUCAGCAAUACUGACUUCAUCUUUAACACAUGCGCAAUCCUUUCUACGGCACCAUACAAAAACAAUGCUGGAAUCAAUAAAAAAAGCAAAUCAGAAAGACAGUAGAUCAGAAGAAUCCUUGAAAUGCACCAUAAAAGCUUAUUCAUUAAUCACACUGUCAAGAUCAACAUUCUCGAGUGACGAUUCUCCAGAAAAGGGCCCUGAGGUGGGCAUGGCCCCAGGAGUUUCAAAGAGCGCUGAGGUAGAGACAGACAUACAGAAUUACUCAUCACUCAGGAGGGAAUCCAGAGCAUUAUCACUUCCUGGAUGGAAGAGUGUUGACCGCCUUGAAAAUUCCAGUGCAUCUUCAGUCCUGCAGUCCCCUGAUGGUAACUGGAUUGCCCUGCAGAGCUCCCAGCAUUCCCGGCCCAGCCUACUGACUAAGCGCAAAAGCCUUGUUUUCAGUGUGCUUGAGAAAGAAUCAGGUGUGGUGUCUUCUGCGUAUGAUGAAAUGGGCUCAGAUUCAGACCCCGAGAACAGUACUGUCCUCCUCAACGCCAUGAUGAUACGCCGCCAACAGAGCCAGGAGUACACAGUCCCUCUAAAUUAUCAAACUCCACACUCUGUGACCCCACCAGACCUUCUGACCUUUACCAGCAUGUCUCCUGAACCUGAAUAUCAGAACACAGUAGCUCAUAACUCCAGUGCUGCCAGCCUGCCAUUGGUGAGCCAGCUGGGGUCCAACAAUCCAGGGUUUGCCCCUCAGGGCCCUUUGCUCAGGACCUCUCCUGUUAAUGAAACACUGGAACAGGAGCUGGAAUACAAACUCGGUGAGCUGAUUGGCCAAGUCAGCGAGAGGGAUGUAAAAUCAUUGGAUUUUGAGCCAAUCAGUGAAGUGGGCAACAAGCAAGAGGACAGAGUAAGGGAGAAAGACAGUGGCAAACUAAGACCCAAGGAGAGGCGGGGGAGCAAGCGGGAAAGCAAAUUGAGGGAAAUGGAGAAGCAAAGUGAAAGACAAACAGUUAAACAGAUGGAUACAAGUGAUGCUGUGAGACAGAUAAAUAUUGAGAGACAAAUAAACAAAGAGAGGGAACGACAGAGAGAUAUUGAAAGACAGGUAGAGAGAGAGCGAGAGAGACAAAGAGAGCUAGAGAAACAAAUUGAGAAAGACAGAGAGAGACGACGAGAGAUCGAGAUGCAGAAAGAAAAGGAAAAGCAUACGAAUGGAAAAAGAGAAAUUAGUGGGGUGAAAUCCAGGGAACAUGAACAGGAAUUGGUGAGAGAAACAGAGGAAGCAUCAGGUAGAGCGUUAAAGCGAAAUAAGAGUUUGGAGGAAGACAAAUAUGAAACUGAGAAAGAAAAGGUUAAUAGAAUAUCUGCACAGAGAAGCAAAUCAGAAACGGCUGCAGAAAGAAAGAAGCUUGAUAUAAAGACAACAAGGCCUUUAACUGUAUCCCCAAAAAGGACUCCCUGUGGUGUGGAAGAGACAAAGUCUCCAUCAGAGAAGUACUCUGCUGCAUCUUUAUGUAGCAUCACCACAGAGGUUCUGAAGGUCCUGAAUGCCACAGAGGAGUUGCUUGGUGAGGCAGAAUGCAAAGUUCAUGAUCCUUCUCCAGCUGGCACACCCAUAUCCUCAGGUCCUGUCAACAAGAAGCUGGACCAUCAACUCACUAAGAUGGAGGAAAAUGUGUAUUUGGCAGCAGGGGCUGUGUACAGCCUCGAGGGGGCGCUGGGUGACUUGGAAGAAUGUGCACGCAGCAUCAGCAGCUCCACCACAGACACAGAACUAGCCUUCUUAGAAGACCAGGUUGCCACUGCUGCUGCCCAGGUGCAGCAGUCUGAGCUUCAGAUAUCAGAUAUUGAGGCAAGAAUAUCCGCACUUAAAACUGCAGGUCUGAAUGUAUCUGCGUGUACACAUUUUUCCAAGUACAAAUGUAAACCUAUGCCACAAACACUGGACUCUUCUCGCCAUCAGAGGAGAAAGCUACCUGCUCCUCCUCACAGAAGCAUGUCAUCAGAAAAUGAAGUCAAAUCUGAGUCACAGAUGAGAUCUGUGAGGCCAUGGCAAGAGGAUGUAUGACUCUGUGAUCCUCUAAUAAGCUGUGUGGCUCCACAUCACUCUGCUUCUGAAUGCUAGGACCAUCAGGCUGUUCCACGCUAGUGCCUUGUUCCAACUUCUGGUCCUCCAAUUUGAUUGGCACUAAUGUCUGAUCACAAACCAUGUUGGGUUGAUCUCACUUCUCACCCAUAGAACUUUACCAAACCUUGGAACACCUUCAGUAACCAGGGGAUUCAAUUAUCUCUCUCUGCCUUAAUGGAGACUAAACUCCUACAACAAACAUAACAGAGGGUUGUAAAUGUAGAUUUAAAUCGAUGUAAUUACUUGUAUGUGUAACUUAUGCACAGUGGUAAAUGUAAACAAUAUGGGACGUCACCUCCUGUUCUUUUUUUUUUUAUGUUUGCUGGGUCGUGUGUAUGUUAGAAAUCUGUAUGUUAGAAAUGUUACUGAAAAAAGAGGCUGGAGCACAUUCUGUAAAAGUUUUAAAUGUGUGAAAUGUCAGAAAGUACAAACUAAAUACCUGCAGGACCUGUUUGAUGUUAUGUUUCUAUUCUUUUCAAAUAUGGCAUAAAUAUCUCAGGCUUCCUUUUUUUCUCAAGGUCAUUUUUUGAGGUGUUCUUUUUUUACUCAAAGCUGUAUUCAACGUCUACAACAACUGUGAAAUUCAUCAUGUGAUUAUUUUUAUUUUGUAAAAAAAUGUAAAGAAAAAUUAAAUAAAGAAAGGAAUAAAGGUGUGGCACUGUGGCUUAGUGGUUAGCACUGUCGCCUCACAACAAGAAGGCUGCUGGUUAGAGUCCUGGCUGGGCCAGUUGGCAUUUCUGUUUGGAGUUUGCAUGUUUUCUCUGUGUUCGUGUAGGUUUCCUCAAGGUGCUCCAGUUUCCCCCACAGCCCAAAGACAUGUGCUUUAGAUAAGUAGGUGAAACUAAAUUGGCUGUAGUGUAUGAGUGUCAACGCUGCAUAAUGCCGGAAUAGUUGGCAGUUCAUAUCGCUGUGGCGACCCCUGAUAAAUAAGGGACUAAGCCAAAGGAAAAUGAAUGAAUAAUGAUGGAUUAUUAUAUGAAAGCACUCAACCACCCUGCCACAUAAGGAGUUUGAAAGUGUGCUGCAAUGAAUUAUACACCCUUGUAUUUGAACCAACCUCAGAUGUCUGAUGAUCUUUUUAGUAGGAACAUCAGAUUACUGCCAUCUCAGUAAGCACUUAAUACAUAAUUUGUUCUUUAUUUUACACAUUUUUAGUUACAAUCCACCUAGCAAUGUAUAGUUGAAAUGAUCAUUUAUUGAAAUUCUAUAACAAUCAGUAUUUUUUCUCAAGUGCAAAUUGGUGUGCAACUGAAAACCUCUUGGGGAUAGUUAUUAUAACCAUUAUGCUACAAUAGCUCAGUGUUAUACCUGCAUGAUUGUUAAAAGCCAAUAGACUCUUUUCACAUUUCUGGGUUUUUCAGUAGCAGAAGGCAUCAUCGUUGGGUAAACUUAAAGUGCAGCGAAUGGAAGAGUACAACAAAUAACUUUUUACAACCCUAUUUGCUGAAAUAAUAAAAGAAAAACUCCAUGAUGGUGUUAUCUGGACUUUAAAAAAAAAGGAAAAAAAUAGUGUGAGAUUGAUGACGGAAGCCGGACAAGAGAGAAUAACGUCAGAUUUACUCUCAGCCCCAUAGACGCUGCAUUAGGAACACCUCACAUCUUUUGUAAUUUGACGCAAAGAUGAUAUACAGUAAUACUUUCAUAAAUGCAUAUAAAUGUUCAUACGCUUUUUUUUUUUUAAAUCGCUUUUUAAGGAUUUAAGAUUAUGAUAACCUUAAAAUGUGUCAUAACAGUCUUGUGAAAAGGGUCCAUAAUCAAAAAGCCAAACCACCAAUGUGUAUGAUCACAACGGUAUGUCCCUACACAGAUAAUUGUCAGAUUUAUUAUAAUCCCAACAGGUAUGGAUAGUUGUACCAGAAUGCAAAUCACAGGUAGUUCACCCGAAAAUUCUAAUUUGACCAUUUGCUAUCCCUUAAGUGAUUUCAUACCUUUAAGUGUUUUUUUUUUCUAUUGACGACAAAGAAAGAUAUAUAUUUUUUUAAUUUUAGAAACCUGAAAAAACAAAUACCAUGAAAGUCAAUGAGGUUUCCAGCAUUUUCCAAAAUAACUUUUUGUGACAACUGAAGUGUGAGUAAGGCCCAAUCCCAAUUCUAUUUUUGUAUCCCUACUCCUUCCCCUUGGCCCUUGAAACAGAGUGUGAAGAGGAAGGGCUUCAAAAUGUACCCCUAAGAAAUGGGACAGCACUACAACACCUGCAAACGUCAUAAUGUCACAAUGAUCUCUUGCUUCAUAUGAUAUUGAUAAUUACGACUGCUGUAGUUAUUCCAGUUUCGUUAUUUUUGGUCUUUAGGAAAUCACUGAAGGCUUGUAUCAUGUUAUAAUAAUAAUAAUAAUAUAAUUCAAUUCACCUUUAUUUGUAUAGCGCUUAUACAAUGUAGAUUGUGUCAAAUGUGGCAAUAAGCUCGUAACUAUACAGUGUAUGUACACAGUGGCCAUAUUCAUCUAUGUAAACACAUGAAAACAACAUUAACAUUAUAGCAAACACUGUAAAAAGCCCAUUCCCAGCCACUAGACUUUUCUGACAGGUUAUUCGAAUGUCAUGAAGUGACAGAAUGUUGUCGGACUGCUAUACAGGAGUUAUCAUUAGGGAUUACAGAUAGUGAAACUUUGCGGUUUUUAUUUUAGAGUUUUUUUUUUUUUUAAAGCAUGAUGGUAAUGAUGUAUUAAAACACAUGUUUGUUGUAAAAAUUUGUAAUAAUAACAAAAAAUACUAAUAUGUGGAUCUCCUGACUUUCGUGUGCAGCCAUGCUGUCAUUUUUAGAUGGUGUAUUCUGGGAAAUUUUUUUUAUCACUUGGUUCCAAGUGUGGCCCUGGAAAAUCUCUAUUUUAAGGGCUAUCUAGCCUUUCCACUUAGCCCUGUAGCCCUAAGCUACAGAGAAAUGGGACACCCCUUCAAUUUCACGUGAAUGCACACAACAAGGGGUAAGGGCUAAGGGGUAGCAUUGGUAUUGGGCCUAAAUGAUGACAGAAUUUUCAGUUUUGGGUGGACUAUCCCUUUUAAAUGUGUUAUUUGGCAAGGUUUAUAGUGGUAAGCAUAGUGGUAAAAGUUUCUUUAAAAACCUGUAAGGAAUAAUUUAUGAAUAAUUUAAGAAUAUUUUUUGCAGGCAUGUCUACCUUCUAUGUACAACUGUGAUAUAAAAUACUGCAUCAUAUUGUCUGUGCUGCAUAACGAGUAGUCAGAUCAAGAAAAGCUGCGUUCACACUGGACUUUCCCCCCCCAUAAACGUCCAUUCAUACGCAUGCGAAUGCAUCAGACCCAAAACACAAGCUUGUGAGACAAGUUUCGCAGUUCACUGCAUUGCAAAGUUCAAGCUUGGUGAACUCUGACCUGCGAAAUUGCAUCACUUGACUGCGUGAGCCCGAUCGAGGAUCAAAACAUGACCUCUCUGGACAGAAAUGUAAAAUAUGGACCAAUAUUUUAUUUUUUAAAUGUCUAAUUAUCUUGUUUAAUCCUGCCCCUUUUCUCAGCGCCAUACCACAGAAUUCUGAAAGCUUAAACUCUAGUGUGACCACAGCUUAAGUUUGAUCUUUUACCUUUAAAUAUUUCACUAAACUGUCUUCUUGUUCUGAGCCAAUAGAGAAUCAAUUAGUAUGUAAGAUUCCAUUUGCACCAUUCUUUGCCUUCCUCAUUCUACUCUACUCUACAAAGGAGCUGUUCCGCUUUCAUACUUUCAAACGGGUCCUGCUCCUCGUUGUUGUCUAUGGCAAUGUCUGUGUAUAGAAGCAUGAAUCACUUUGUUUCUAAUAGAUGUAAAACAAAACAAAAAAAGUCCCAUGAAAAGCACAGUCAUAAAAUUAAAAUGGUCUUACAGUGUCAUGUAUUUUUCUAACUGAAUAGUCUGAUGCAUAUUUACAUUUGAAUGAAAACGUUAUUCGGAUAUGAAAUAUCAAAGCCUCUUAACUGUUUUUUGGAGUUUGUCAUGAAUGAAAGGGCACUAGCUUGUCUUCUAAUGUCAGAAAACUCUGUGUGUUUUAAGCAAAGUGUAAAAAAAAAAAAGAAGAAAAUGUUCUGUAGUGAAAAGAAAGCAAAGCCAAUGAAUUCUCGUGCCAAAUUUGUUCUG